CCGGGCAUUACGACGCCGUAUCUGUACUAUGCGAAACAUGCACUCACUGGAAGCGGCAUGCAUAUAGAGGACCUCGCUGUGCCAUCAGUCAACAUGGUACGCUGGGGUGCCCCCAAGCGAUGGCUGUUCGUCACGCCAGAGCAAGAGAAUGUGAGAGCCUUCGAGAAGAAAUGCCGCGAGACAUUCCAGUGGCGCGCACAAGCCCGUAGGCCUCAACGCGCAGCGCCACACUGCUCACAGUUUGUGCGGCAUACAAAUGUGCUCGUAACGACUGAGGCUCUCCGUGACUGGGGCAUUGACUUCAGUGAGAUAAUCUGUCGAGAAGGAGAGCUGGUAGUCACUCUCCCAGGGACAUACCACCAAGUCGUCAAUAUGGGGGAGAACCUCGCAGAGGCUGUCAAC